GGCUGGCUAGCUGGUCCGGGCUGGUGCUUCGAGUUAUACCGGUUCAUGGAGUUUACUCCACUGCGCAGAUAUAAACUAGAGUCGUGUACGACAGCUCAAGUUUGGAGUUUUGUAGCAUAUUACGUGCUCCUUUCCCCACAAGCAAAGGCACAUUUCAAACCGUCUGUGGACAAGCUUGAUAUGUCGCCGCGUUUUGGUCUAGCCGCGCUGCACUCGGUGGUAUGUCAACAGCGGCGUUUGGUGGACAGACUAGAAUGAACACAUAUCUUCAAGUCUAUGAUUAUAGCAGCCAAUGAACACGAUGGAUGAUCGACGGAAAAAGAAGCUGACAUUCUUCACCAUUGGGCUUAUAUUUCUUCUCAGCGGUGUGGAAUAUGCGGUAAUAUUGCCCACAAUAUGGAGGUAUUUGCAGACAUUGGAUGCAGCACCCUACUUUCUGGGUUUGGCCCUGUCGGCAUUCAGCUUGAGCGGCCUCCUGACUGGACCGCUGUUUGGCCUCUGGUCCGACCGAACACGGACUACAAAGAAGAUCAUCUUAUUUGCCAACGUUUUUGAGAUGAUUGGUAAUUUUAUGUACUUCAUGGGCUUCUCCAAGUGGCUGUUGCUGUCAAGCAGACUUGUGGCAGGAAUCGGCACAGGUUCUGGCUCGUCAAUCUUUGGCUUACUCACUCGAAUCACUUCCCCUGAGGACCGUGCCACUGCAUUUGCUGCUGUCAUGGCAUGUCGACAAGCUGGCCUUUUGAUUGGUCCAGCAUUUAACAUCUUCCUGAGGCUGUCUGAUUUCCACCUGGGUCCUUUUGUGGUCAAUAAAUAUACUGCGCCAGGGUUGUUCAUGUGCCUGAUGUGGACUCUCCUUCAAGUGGUGGUGAUCUUCAUGUACUGGGACCUUCCACCUCUGGACAAGGGCAAGAACAAAGGGAGUCUUACAAGCCAGAGUGGGGGGAAGGAGGAGGAGGAGGAGGAGGAUGAUCGAGGGAUUGUGAAAGAGGACAAUGACGAGGAAAAGCCGCUAAUGGUGUCGAAGGAGCUGCGAGGGUCCUACGGCUCAGUUGUGACUUCCGACCCACCCGGGGACGACUCCUCGUCUGCCUCAAAUGCCACGUUGAAUCAUAUCUCACCACCGCCGUCUCCCUUGCCACCAGAGUCCCAUGUGUCUCUCAGCCCUUUUAAGAAUUUUAGCAUAUCCCAAGAGUUCCUGAGAGAAGAAGUGAUCGUGCUGCUGGCAGCUCAGUUCAUCACCCUCUUCAAUCAGACAGCGCUGGAGACGAUGGUCACUCCGAUGACUCAGAAGUACUUCAGCUACGGGGAGCUGGAGAACAGCGUGAUGUACUGCCUGUGCAGUGUGGAGGUGAUCGCUGGCUUCCUGUUUGUGCGCUGGCUGAGCCAGCGUGUUGCUGAGCGAGUAGUCCUGGCCAUCGGUCUGACCAUAUGCAACAUCUCUGCUGUAUGGUGCCUCGUCUUCUUGGCUAAACCUCUAGGUAGUUCCCCAUGGCAGUUAACGGAGUUCAUCAUUGGGGUGUUUCUGCAGGUUUUGGGUUUGCCAUUUGUAGCCGUGGCUCAGGUUUCCCUCUUCUCUAAAAUUACUUCUGAGAAAACACAAGGUUUCAGUCAGGGAGUGCGUCGCUCGGUGGGAGGUCUAGCUACCAUCCUGGGCCCUCUGUGGGCUGGUGGCCUAACCGAGAACUUGUACAUCAUGUUGGGGGUCAUGAUGGCACUGCUGGUACUGAUGACGGUGAUGCUGGCUUUCUCAUACGACCGGCUAGUUGCACCAGCUACGGAGGAGCCAGUGGACGACUCGGACAACUGUGGCUAAUGCGAUACAAUACAAGUGGAUAUGAAAGGUAGCCUUUUAUAAAAAUAACAUAUUUAAUAAAGGAAGACAAUGAAUUAC